CGGCUGGAGCGCUUUGCUCGCGGCGCUAUCGAUAAAGUUGUUGUUGCGGCUUCCGCCACGGCUGGAGGAAGAUGGCGUCGGGAGGUGGUGGCUGUAGCGCUUCGGAGAGGCUCCCUCCGCCUUUCCCUGGCAUGGACCCGGAGUCUGAAGGGGCUGCCGGGGGAUCAGAACCCGAGGCUGGGGACAGCGACACGGAGGGGGAGGACAUUUUCACGGGCGCCGCGGCAGCUAGUAAGCCCCAGUCUCCAAAGAAAACUGCGUCCCUUCUUCCCAUCAACAAUGGCUCCAAGGAAAAUGGGAUUCAUGAGGAACAGGACCAAGAGCCACAGGAUCUGUUUGCAGAUGCCACAGUGGAACUAUCCCUGGAUAGCACACAGAAUAAUCAGAGGAUGCUGCCGGCCAAAGCGUUUGUUUCUCAUCCUCCACAGGAAGCUAUGAAUUCUCCUAAGCCCCAACCAAGCUAUGAGGAGCUAGAGGAGGAAGAGCAGGAGGACCACUUUGAUUUGACAGUAGGUAUUACGGAUCCUGAAAAGAUAGGGGAUGGUAUGAAUGCCUAUGUUGCCUACAAAGUCACAACUCAGACGAGUUUACCAAUGUUCCGAAGUAAACAGUUUGCAGUGAAAAGAAGAUUUAGUGACUUUUUGGGUCUUUAUGAGAAGCUUUCAGAGAAACACUCUCAGAAUGGCUUCAUUGUCCCUCCUCCACCUGAGAAGAGCCUAAUAGGAAUGACAAAAGUGAAAGUGGGAAAAGAAGAUUCUUCAUCUGCAGAAUUUCUCGAAAAACGGAGGGCUGCUCUAGAAAGGUACCUUCAGAGGGUUGUAAAUCAUCCUACCAUGUUACAGGACCCAGAUGUCAGGGAGUUUUUGGAAAAAGAAGAGCUGCCACGUGCUGUGGGGACCCAGACAUUGAGUGGUGCUGGUCUCCUUAAGAUGUUCAACAAAGCUACCGAUGCAGUCAGCAAAAUGACCAUCAAGAUGAACGAGUCCGACAUUUGGUUUGAAGAGAAGCUCCAGGAGGUGGAGUGUGAGGAGCAGCGUUUACGGAAACUGCAUGCUGUGGUAGAAACUCUAGUCAACCAUAGGAAAGAGCUAGCACUGAACACAGCCCAGUUUGCAAAGAGUUUAGCCAUGCUCGGGAGUUCUGAGGACAACACAGCAUUGUCACGGGCUCUCUCUCAGCUGGCUGAGGUGGAAGAAAAAAUUGAACAGCUUCAUCAGGAACAAGCCAACAAUGACUUCUUCCUCCUUGCUGAGCUCCUAAGUGACUACAUUCGCCUCCUGGCCAUCGUCCGGGCUGCCUUUGACCAACGCAUGAAGACUUGGCAGCGCUGGCAGGACGCUCAAGCCAUGCUGCAGAAGAAGCGGGAGGCUGAGGCUCGGCUGCUGUGGGCCAACAAGCCCGACAAGCUGCAGCAGGCCAAAGACGAGAUUACAGAGUGGGAGUCUCGAGUGACUCAGUAUGAAAGGGAUUUUGAAAGAAUUUCAACAGUGGUCCGAAAAGAAGUGAUACGGUUUGAGAAAGAGAAAUCUAAGGACUUCAGAAACCACGUGAUCAAGUACUUGGAGACACUCCUAUAUUCACAGCAGCAGCUGGCAAAGUACUGGGAAGCCUUCCUUCCUGAGGCGAAAGCCAUCUCCUAAUGGACCAAGGAUACCAGAGCCCACCUGUGUGACAUUGCCUUUUAUACACUGUCAUUCUUGCCCCAUGAUGGACCCCAGUUGACACAUCCUGCCUUGGCUGGACUUAGCCCUUUUACCUUGCCCCGUGACCAAACUAUUCCCAGUUACUCUAACCAGUACUUCAUUUAGCUUCCACAUAUAUUUUCUUACCUAAGAGAAUAGUUUCCUGCUUUAAGCAAAAGACCUAUAAUAGGUGAUGAAAUUAUGGGUUAGGGGUGGAGUGUUGAUAUAAAUAUAUAAAUAUAAAUGUAUAUUUUUCAGGCUGUGGCUUAGGAACUGGGAAUAACGUUUUCUGUUACUCCUGAUGGUGCCAUGAAAAGAUUAUGUAAUAAAAUAUUUGAAAAUCA